UUACCUCAUCGUCGAGUGACAUUCUCUGCAGCCAAUCAGGCUCAGGACCUGCAGGACCCAUCCCAACACAGUUACUACGACAGUGGCCUUGAGGAGUCAGAAACGCCAAGCAGCAAGUCCUCUUCAGGGCCCCGCAUCGGACCCCUGGCUCUGCCCGAGGACCACUACGAGCGCACCACGCCCGAUGGCAGCAUUGGGGAGAUGGAGCACCCCGAGAACGAUCUCCGGCCUUUGCCCGAUGUAGCCAUGACGGGGAACUGCACCCGGGAAUGCACAGAGUUUGGCCACUCUGACACCUGCUGGAUGCCCGGCCAGUCCUCUCCGAGCCGGAGGCCCAAGAAUGCCCUCAAACUCUCCACGUUUGUGCCUUCGUACAGUGCCUUCUCCAACAGUAGCCAUGAGCCCUGCAAGGACUCCCCCCUGGAGGAAAUCCCUCUCACCCAGACCUCAGACUUCCAGGCAGCCACCACACCAUCCUCCCAAACCGCCAAGCGGGAGAUCUACCUGUGAGACUGGGGGGAGGGGGGGGA